AUGACAUCACAGCUCGGGGUGGGGCUGAAUGUCAGUGAAUGGUCAGGAGACGACGUGUAUACGAGCUGCGCGCUGCAGUCAUUCUCCUGGAUUUUCUCCGUUUUCUCUUUAGUUGUUCGCUGGUGUUAUGACCUAAAGAUGGCGGAUGGGGAGGUCACGUGUUACUCACCCCGCGGCGGGGGCUAUCGCAGUACGCUUGGGACCAGGUGCAGUUUGUCAUGUGAUCAGGGAUUCCAGCUGAUUGGUCAGAGCUCCGUCCGCUGUUUACAGAACCGCCGCUGGUCCGGAUCAGCGCACUGCAGACGGAUCCGAUGUCACGUGUUACCGCCGAUCCCCUACGGGGCGCUCCAGUGCACGUCCGGCGUCUACGAGGGCUCGCGCUGCCAUUACACCUGCUCUCCAGGAUAUCAGAUCGAGGGCGAUCGCAACCGCGUCUGCAUGGAGGACGGGCUCUGGAGCGGGGGAGAACCCUUCUGUGUAGAUAUUGAUCCACCAAAGAUUCAGUGUCCGACCUCUAGGGUGAAAGUUGCCGAUCCAGGGAAGGUGACGGCUGUGGUGUCCUGGGGGAGGCCGACGGCGAGGGACACGGCUGAUGGCGUCAUAACGAGAGUUUAUCGCAGGGGCCCCGAACCGGGAAGCGAACUCCAAGAAGGCGAAAGCGUCAUCCGCUACACGGCGUACGACCAAUCCAAGAACCGCGCCAGCUGCAAGGUCAUAGUGCACGUGCAAGUCAGGAGAUGUCCCGUCCUUUCUUCUCCUCCUCAUGGCUUUAUGACCUGUAGCUCCGCUGGAAACAACUAUGGGGCCACCUGUGAAUAUGAUUGUGAGGGCGGCUACGAGCGCCGGGGCCCCUCCGCCAGGGUCUGUCUCUUCAGUCAGCAAUGGGCUGGAUCAGCGGUCACCUGCACCC